UAGUCCCGUCAUGGCAGCGUGUGAGGAGGAGGUGUUGCUCUCUGUGCGCGGGGAAGGCGUGGAAAGGAAGCUGGAAAACGUGUCUCGCUUCCCUCGACAUGGCUGGAAGGUUCCUCUCGACCACAGGUUCCCCGAGAAGAGGAACCAGCGGAUUCGGCCAAGGAUUGCGCAGCUACCCCAGCUUAUGCCUCUCUUCGUGAGAUAUCUUGUCUACUACAUGUACACAAGGGCCCAGGGACGCAAGCCGUGGAUAGAUUGCAUAACAAUGAUGAAUGGAAAACAAAUGUAUGGUGUCCCACUGGGAGGCAUAGGCUCAGGGACUAUUGGCCGCGGGUUUAGGGGGGAGUUCUGCCGCUACCAGAUGGUGCCUGGAAUUUAUGAAUAUCACACUGUCAUGGCCAAUCAGUUCAUCGUGACAAUCAGAGACCCUAAGGGCAAUACACUCUACCAAAAGGUCUUAUCAGUACACAGUAAAUCCAAGAAAGGUUUGGGGUCGUGGGACUGGGGCUUCAGCGGAGCAGAUGCCCUGUACUGCGGUCUUUACCCGAGGUCGUGGACCGUCUACAAUAUCAAAGAACAGAGCAUAAGACUAAUAUGCCGUCAGAUUUCACCUGUUAUACCACACAAUUAUAAAGAUUCAUGUUUGCCUGUAGGUAUGUUUGUAUGGAAUAUUGAAAAUCAUAAUUCGGAACCCCGCGACGUUUCCAUUUCUCUCACAUUCAAGAACGGCACAGGAAGUAGUGAAGAUAAAAAUGGAGAAUGUUGGAGCGAAGUUUGGGAGAGAGAUUUGGAGGAAGGGAAGGCGAAAGGCGUUGUGUUGCACCAGACCAUCAAAAGUCUCAAUCUGCGGUACUGUUUGGCCGUCAGAGAAAAGCCUGGAGUCUCAGCCUCCCACUGCCCUGGCUUCGACCCCACGGGGCCUGGGGACUCGGUGUGGAACGACCUGAAAAUGGACGGGGAACUGGAAAGCAAAGAAGCACCGUUGAUAAAAACAAGAAAAGGUGAAGAGAGAGCAGUGGCAGUGUGUGGAAAGUGUAGCAUAGGGGCCAACAAGUCAGGCAUGGUGGAGAUCGCCCUGGCUUGGGACAUGCCGCAAAUUGUGUUCAAAAGCCGGGGGAUUACUCACACCAGACGAUACACACGCUGGUUUGGGGACGAGCAAACAGCAGCCCAGGAGAUCGCUUCUUAUGCUCUGGACAGCUACAAGAGAUGGGAAGUCGAGAUAGAGAAUUGGCAGAAUCCUAUCCUUCAGGACAAGGACUUGCCCGACUGGUUCAAAAGUGCCAUCUUCAACGAGCUCUACUUCAUCUCGGACGGAGGCUCAGUCUGGCUCGAGAUGACGCCCUCGCCCAACACUCCCCUACCUGCCUACGACACUCGACCGGAAUAUGGCCGCUUUGCGUACCUGGAGAGCCACGAGUACCGGAUGUACAACACCUACGACGUGCACUUCUACGCAUCGUGGGCCCUCGUCAUGUUAUGGCCUGAGCUGCAGAAGUCCCUCCAGUAUGACAUGGCCCAGUGGACUACCUCGGCUGACCUCACACCCCGGACGCAUCUCUUCAGGGGGAACAAGGGCGUGCGCAAGCUGGCCAAUGCUGUGCCACAUGACAUUGGUGAUCCAGAGGAUGAGCCCUUUGUGCGCGUAAAUGCUUACCAGAUUCAUGACAUUAGUUACUGGAAAGACCUGAACCUCAAGUUUGUGUUACAGGUGUACAGAGACCACACUUUCUUCCGUGACCUUGAUCACCUCACACACAUGUGGCCGGUGUGUCGGGCCGUAAUGGACCGAUGCUUUGCAUAUGACCGCGACGGUGAUGGCCUGAUCGAGAAUGAAGGCCAGGCAGACCAGACUUAUGACUCGUGGGUGAUGCAUGGACCCUCGGCCUACUGCUGCUCACUGUGGGUGGCCGCCCUCGCUGUCAUGGUGGAGAUGGCCUCAGAGCUCAAAGAUGAGGCUGAGGAGAAGAAGUUUGCCGAGGCCCUGGCCAAGGCGAGAGUAGCCCUGCAGGAGAAACUCUGGAAUGGAAAGUAUUACAAGUUUGAUUGUUGUGACGCUCCCCACAGCCACAGCAUUAUGGCAGAUCAGCUGGUUGGCCACUGGUAUCUCUCUCUCUCUGGGGCCGCAGUUGAGGUAUUCAGACGAGACUGUGUGAAGUCGGUCUUAGAACUCCUUUACGAGUACAAUGUCCAGAGGUUCAACAAUGGUGAGAUGGGGGCAGUGAAUGGCAUGAACCCUGAUGGCAGUAUAGACAGGUACACCAUGCAGAGUGAGGAGAUGUGGGUGGGUGUCACCUACGGGCUUGCUGCCACUAUGAUUUAUGAGGGAAUGGUGGAGCAAGGAUUCAAGACAGCAGAAGGUGUCUAUCGCACAGUCUAUGAGAAGAUCGGCCAGGGUUUUGAGACCCCUGAGGCCUUGUACGGAGAGCACAAAUACCGUGCCAUUGGCUACAUGCGUCCACUGUCCAUCUGGUCCAUGUACCAUGCUUAUUUGCAGCAGAAGAGAAGGAAAAUGGCUGAAGCCUGCCAGAAGAGCUACAGCAAUACCUCCUCUCCUGUACCAUCCAUGGGGAGUGAAGAGGGAGUGAAUCUGGUGCUGGAUUCUUCUAGUGAUGUGUCAAAAUGAGGAGAGGAGAGAGAAGUUCCUCAAAAUUACCUUUAGGUGUUUCAGACAGGGAUAUGAGAGCAUCAAGCAGAUAGUCUGUAUUUUCCUCUGUGAUAUGGGCCAAAACACAUCUGACGAGUGCGAUGUGAACUAACUUUCAAGUUUCGGAAAUGGCAAGGCCCUAUUGUUUCCUUUGUGACAAGGGCAUUGAUGGCUAUAAAGUAAACUUAGUCAUUAGUUUAUGCUUGCCAAUUUUUAUGACUUAUCAUGUCAUUGUUUUAUUCACUUCCUAAUCUCCUCCUUUUAUUCUUCAUUUCCCUAUAUACAAAGGUGUACUUGUAAUGAUAAGCUUCAUCCUCAGAGAGUCUGUUCUCUACUCCAAAAUGGGCAGUUUUGUGUGUGUGUGUGUGUGUGUGUGCGAGUGCGAGUGCAUGAGUGUGUGCCUGCAUGUGUGCAUGUACACAUGUUGUAUACUAUAGUACUCAUCUAGCAAUCAUCUUUAUUUAUCAAAGUUCAAAACAGGAAACUGAUUAUAUGGAUAGUUCUGUAUUACAGUGUAAGUCAUUAGAGAAACAGGAGGUAUGAAAAUGGUUUAUAUCUAGUAGAAAGGACUAGUAUUUCUCUCUUUUUGUAGUAUAUCAUUUAGGUCCCUUGAGAUAAGAGAAUCAAUGUAUGUCAAUAAUACUUAGGAAUUUUUUUAUAAUAUUUGAACUGAACUGAGAAGUUUACCCUUACACAUGUUCUUUGGUGUAGGCAAUCACAUUUUUACCUUAUAGUGGUGAUGAUAACAGACUGGAGCUUUGUGAAAGUGCUUCCGAAUACAGUCCCUUCAAAGUGAUGGGAAUGUCAUGCAAUUAUUUUUUUUUUUUUUUUUAUUAAUUCUUUUAAUGUAAUUUUCUUUUUUUCUUUUUUUUUAUAAUAUAAUAUAAUAUAAUGCAGUCUGGUUAUAGGUAUAUAGAUAGUGUUCACAAGAUGUUCUCAAUUUAAUGUUCAUAGGGCUAGAAGUUACAUCACUGCUUUUCAUAAGGGUAAAAGCACAUGCAAGAUGCAUGUCAUUGCAACACUGACUAUAAUUUAUGGCAAUCAUACAAAACUCAUAGGUGCUAUAUGUUCAACAGAGAGCCACAUCAAAAUAUAAGGGGUCCACCGAUAACAAUGUUGUAUAUUCAGCUGACAAGUUAAUGAUAGUAGGUUAUUCAUAGCUUGUGAAGUCAAUGGGACAACCUAUGCCUGGUGAGCAGUAGAUGUCUUUUUUUUACUUAUUUAUAGGAUAAUACAAAGGAGUAAUUAACAAUGAAAGACUACUAUUGAAUGGUUGAAAGUAGAUUAUCU